UGAUACAGCAGAAAUCACACACUGGCACAGGCACACCGGCGACGGAGGGAGGCGAGGACCGUAGGCUUGAAGAAACUUGGCUUAUUGGGAAGCAUUUCGGUCGUUGAAUCAUCCAAGGGGCUAUCCCACCGUGCCCCUGGUGGCCCCUCCCCCCGUCCUCAGGCAAAGCCUCCCCCAAACCCCUUUCCCUGUUGGGAUCAACCCCCUCACCCCUUACCUUCCCUCCUCUUCCUCCCUCCCUUCUACCCAUCGUCCCCGGACUCCAAGCAUCCUCCACUGCAGUAAGACCUCCUCAUUAUCCCUGCCAAGCUGUCGGACAUGUCAGGACCCGUGCCGAGCCGGGCCAGAGUGUACACCGAGGUCAACACUCACCGGCCAAGGGAGUACUGGGACUAUGAGUCCCAUGUGGUUGAAUGGGGGAACCAGGACGAUUUUCAGUUGGUGCGGAAGUUAGGGCGUGGCAAGUAUAGUGAAGUCUUUGAGGCAAUCAACAUUACCAAUAAUGAGAAGGUGGUGGUGAAGAUACUCAAGCCCGUGAAGAAAAAGAAAAUCAAGCGUGAGAUCAAGAUUUUGGAAAACCUUCGCGGCGGUCCGAACAUAAUCUCACUCAUCGAUAUUGUCAAAGACCCUGUUUCCCGGACACCUGCCUUGGUCUUUGAACAUGUUAACAACACAGACUUCAAGCAACUGUACCAGACCCUGACCGACUAUGACAUCCGGUUCUACAUGUAUGAGAUCCUCAAGGCCCUGGAUUACUGUCACAGCAUGGGGAUCAUGCAUAGAGAUGUAAAGCCACAUAACGUGAUGAUUGAUCAUGAGCACCGCAAGUUGCGCCUUAUUGACUGGGGCCUGGCUGAGUUUUACCACCCGGGACAGGAGUACAACGUCAGAGUGGCCUCGCGCUACUUUAAAGGGCCUGAGCUCUUGGUGGACUAUCAGAUGUAUGACUACAGUCUUGAUAUGUGGAGUUUGGGCUGUAUGCUGGCGAGCAUGAUCUUCAGAAAGGAGCCCUUCUUCCACGGUCAUGACAACUAUGAUCAGUUGGUGAGAAUAGCCAAGGUUCUGGGGACAGAAGACCUCUACGACUACAUCGACAAAUACAACAUCGAGCUGGAACCUCGCUUUAAUGACAUUCUGGGACGGCAUUCUCGUAAGCGAUGGGAGCGCUUUGUCCACAGUGAGAACCAGCACCUGGUCAGCCCCGAGGCUCUGGACUUCCUGGACAAGUUGCUGCGCUACGACCACCAGGCCCGACUGACCGCCCGCGAGGCCAUGGAUCACCCUUACUUCUUCCCGAUUGUGAAAGAUCAGUCUCGUGUGGCUGGAUCAGCCAACCUGCCCAGUGGGAACCCAGCUGUUAGUACAGCCAACAUGAUCACUGGUAUCUCUGCCUUGCCAGCCUCCACUGCCCUGGGCCCUCUCACCGGCUCACCGGUUCUGUCUGCUGCCACCAACGCCCUGAGCACCCCGGUGCCCGCUGCUGCCGGCGCCCCGCAGUGACACCCCCGCCCCAAUCCACACUCGGCCCCCUCCCCCCUCUCCUCGAUCUCUCUCACCUCUACCACCACCCGGGCUGGACGGGGGAGGGGGGGAGGGGGGUGGGUCGACAGGUGCCACUCUGCCAGCCCCUCACCACAUCCAACCUAACUCAGUGUGACAGCGACUCGCCAGCCUCCGAGCUGGAGGCCGCCAUCGUCUUAAGAAAAGAAAGAUGUGUUCCCCCCACUCCCUCCGUUCCGUUUCAGCCUUGAAUGAACGUGUUAACCUGACAUCUGAGAUGAAUGUUCUGUGUAACUGAAAUAUACAGAUAUCCUUUACAUUUUCCCCCCACAAGCUGUAGUGAAUACAAAGGGGUGUAUGUUUGUGUGUGUGUGUGGUGAGUCCGAGAGCAAGUGUAAUCCACGGGGGUCUCAAAAGCCUCCACCUCCCAGUGUGUGUGUGUGUGUGUGUGUGUUAAUUUGGAUUGAGAAGGCACUGGUCAAUAAGAACAUCAGCAGAAGGUUAAAGAAAGAGAUGUUGGCCAUCAGGACCAAGAGGAGCACAUCCUGUAUAGUUUACUACUGCAGCAUCGUCAAAAACAAGACCUGAUGAGAACACUUAAUUUACCUCCCCAGAUGAGUCUGAACACCCUCCAGAUCACAGCGUUUUGGAAGUGUUUGGUGCUGUUCUGUGCUCCAGCUGUAUGUGAACACAAUGACACUUCAACACUUUCUCUGCCUGAGUAGUUUUGUCUUGCCUUUCUUACCAAACCAGAUCACCAGUCUUCUUUUUAUAUGCCACCCCCCCCCUCCCCCCUGCCCUCCCCCUCCCCGCCCUCGUCACGUCGUCCGUCAUUAAUUUGUGUUCCGAUCGAAACGUUUCUGGACUGUUGGAAAAAAGGUUCCACCACCAUCAAGUUGUUCGAUCAACUCUAGUUGUGCUAUGAUCUCUUAAGAAGCCAGGUAAGGUUCAUUCAGGUUCUCAGUGACAUGGUUUCUCAAACGUGCUGCUUUCCAGUUCCUUGAAUUACUUCAAGUGGCUUUUCUUGAAUUACUUCAAGACAUAACCAAAGUUUACUCAGUUGGUUGGAAAAAGAGACUGACCAAACCUAGUUUUAUUUUGUGGGAGUUACUCACAGAGAUGCUGUAAUACAGGUCGACAGUGAAUAAGGUGACAACACGACACAAUAAUUAUCUGCAGGUGACUGUUAGAGUCGGAGGAAGGUUCACUCCCGUUCUGUCGUGACACCGGUCAGCUUUCGGAGGAGUUCUACACUUUGUCUUUCAUGUUGAGGGAAGCGGUGAAGUUCAAUAGCACUUGAAGGGUAGAGUUUUCCCCAGUGUUUUAGUGCCAGAGUUUGAAAGUGUAAGUUUUAGACCCUGCUGUACAUAUGCAUCUUUUUUCUUUUUUUUUUCUUUUUUUUUUUUCAUUUCAAAACCUGAAAAAUGCAAAUAAAUCACGACAUGUAUACAUUGACCUGAGAACGAAGCAGUUUGAGUCCCUACAUCACUGUAUAUAUUUUUAUGUCCUUAUGUAGAAGACUAGUAUUUGAAAAUAUUUGUGUAAAUAAACACGUGUUUUAUUUAUCAGGUA